AGAUAUCGAUAAUAGGCCGAAUGAUGGAACGCACCUUGGAUACUCUUUCCAAGGUAUAUUUGAACAUCUGCCCAACACUUUACGGUGUGUGCUAUGAUCCACCAGGACAGCAUAAGAGAUCGCGAACACUAAUUGGGUUCCUCCUUGGCGUCACGCUUGGUGUUUUAUUCUACGAGCUUGUAAUCGUGGAUCUAGAAUUUUCUCCAUACACCACUUUGGCUCUUGGAGCCGUUGUGAUUGUCAUGCUCGCCUUUGGAUGUGCGUCGUCCAUCCAGGUACGUUGCAUUUCCCUGCUGACGAUUCCAAUCUUUUGUGGCCGAGCAGGACGCAGUGUCCUCAAGGCAAUGGUCCUGGCGUACGUGAUUGCGGGUCCGAUUUUCAACCUAACCUACAACGGCAAAGAAGUGGUCAGGACCUUCGCGUGCACGACGCAACUCACCUACAACCUGACAAAGACACGACUGGAUCUGAUGUUCAAGCCUUUUCAGCAGGCAAUUUUCAGUAUGAAGGCAGACACCAACGAGAUCAGGGAUACUUUGGCUUCGGUGCGAGACUUGUCGAGCCCAAUUGUCGAGGAAAUAGAAGGCGAGGAAGAGAUGCAUCGUCUCCAAGAGGAGAAUGACUACUUUGACGAGCAUCUAGGGGACACAAAGCGGAGCGAGGAAAUUGCGGAGAAGACGAAACGGAAGCAGAAAAUGAAACGCGAGGAGUCGAAGAGCGAGGCGGACGUCUACGAGGCUCGUUAUCGUGAGAAAAUGGAACAACGUUGCGAAGAGCAGUUCACCCGAGGUUCGGAACGGUGCAGGAACAUGUUCAGCGGUGUCUACGACAAGUGCUACGAAAAGGUGACGUGGCUCGCGGCGUGGCUUCUGUGCUGGCCGAUGAAGCUCACCUUCGUCUGUAACCUGGCAGAGGCGAUGGGUGGAUCCACCACCUGUAACCCUGACGGAAAUGUCGACGUGGGGAUUGGCGAAGGUUACGUUGCGCUCAAAGGAACCCGAGAGAAGUUGAGCUCAAGCUUCAAGGACGCGCGGCUGCAGUACAAGAUACGUAAGAAUCGGCCAUUCCUGGAUGUUCGGGGCGCAGGUGACACCGCAAAGGCAGUGAUGCAUGAAUUCGAUGCAAGACGCAGAGUCUUUGAAAUGGUUAUGACUAUAAUUCGACGUUGCCUCGCGUUCGUCUUCAUCAAAAUAAUCCUGAGCGCUCUCAAUUACCACGAAAAGUACCUUGAUGAUAUCGAGUACGACAACAUCUACGUGACCGCCUAUUUCCGGCGCAUUGAUGCGCGGCGAAAGAUACGCGACUGCCCGACACUCCUGCCCCUACGGAAGAUCGAACGCACCAAACUCAUUGACCCUUACAGGUCCAGACCGAGCAGAAUUGAGCGCAAAAAUCUCAUGGUACAGACCGUAAAGCUUAUUCUUGAAAUGUUAACCGCGACCACAUUCAUCCUCCUCGAUCGCCUCUUCUACGAAACUCUGGACGUCGUGAGGCGUCACGCACUCAUUGAGUACACCCAGAGUGGCCGUCACGACAUGAGCCUCGAAGUCCGAGGGACGGGAAUCAUUGCAACCCUACUCCGAAAUGUGAUAGGAGGAUUUAAUGGUAAACGCCGGAUCAAGACAGUGACCUCGAAUCAAACCUGCCUACCAAACCCUCGCGAGCUGCCUGGUUACAUCCUGGCCAAGAUCUAUGGAACAUAUUUCGCCAUCUGGUUGAUGCUCUUCCUGGCAGGCUACACCCAGCGAUUGCGACACGCGAUAUGCGCUUUCUUCUAUCGCACUCGGGAGAAAAGACGCAUUUUGUACCUCUACAACGAAACUUUACGCCGGCGUCUGGGGUUCUUCAGAUUCAUGCGAGGACACGUGCGAUCCCUUGUCAGAUCGCGACUCCUCGAACGUGACACUGACCCUUGGGUGGCUCUUCGCCUUCGAUCGCCACGGUUCUGUGGAUGGUUGGGCUACUUUGCUUGCGCCAGGCCGAAGUGCCUCAUCUGUGGUGAGGCUGAACCAAGGAAAGGACCUGCGUUUCGCCGAUGCACGACCCCAGGAUGCCCUUUUCUUCACUGUGCCGAAUGCUGGCGAGAUGUGGGAAAGAUCUGUUACGCUUGUGCUGAUUUCCCGGAUACCGAUACCGACGACUACGAUACGCAGGCCGAGAUUUGAGUUCUUGGAUUACUCAGCGGUCUUGAUC